AUGGUCCCGAUCGCAAGUCUACAAGAUGCUAACGGUCGAACGUUAAAGAGACCCUUUACCGCCGUCACAAUAUCAACCCCGCCGUCUCCAAAGCGAACCACAGUCGAAAGCAUCGUUGGAGUUCCGACGAGAGGCCCGAAAUACCGAGCAGAAGAGGCUUCGGUAAAUACAAUGAGUUUAGAAAGGCACUCUCAACUCCCAACGAUAUCGUCAGCAGCUGGGCCGAGGAUGUAUGAGAACCAAAUACCCUCAUUCAUGUCUGUUUAUGAUAUGGAUAUGGCGAUGCUAGAAAGCCCAGGUCUGGGACCUAUUCCGAAAUUGUCUAGCAGUACACAUUCAGCGCCUGGGUCGGUGCUACGGCCACAAACGGAAGAAGACGCCGCGCACUCACACCAACACCGAGAAAGCACGUCUACUCAGGCAUCAGACUCCACCGACUCAUCACCUACUACUACGAUCUCAACUGUUGACUCGUCUUCACUAUCUGACCCUUCUCCUAACUCUUCGCCGGAAUCUCCCGUCAAUACCCUGGUGCCGUUGUCUUCUUUUCCUGGAUCUAGUUUUGGUCUCGAUUCUUUCCAAAGCUUAAAGAUGGACGAUAGCAACUCUCCUCGACUACAGUUGCCGCGCGAGCGGCCCAUGACUUCUCCUUCCCCUCGCAAAGGGCGAAAUUUGAAAAGCCUUGCUCUCAACUUGAAUGCUAGCAUUGAGACUGUGCAAGCCCUUGAACCUUCCUCACCAAGCUUCAUCAAACCCCCGGCCCUGACAGGGAGACGGAAACCGAGUAUAUUGAGUCUGAACACAGGGGCAGCCAACAGGCUGGCUCUGUCUGUGAAUCCACCUGGAUCGCCCGGGGUUCCGAAUAUGUUGCAACGAAGAGGACUAAAACAUUCGGUUUCAUCACCCCAAAUAUCGACACCGAGCUUCGGGCCCAGUGGAGGAAUGACACUAGGAGGAGAACGGAAACCCGCACUUGGACCUUCCAGGUUCAAGGAGUCUAGUCUGGCAAUGCAAACCUUCACUAUUGAUGAGGACACUCAUGAGGCCCCAGCAGGGACUCAAAUGGCCACUAGAGUCCCCGGAGUAGCAGUCGGCGGCGACUCAUUUGACAGGCACCACUCUGGGGACGAUGCCAAGUCACCUUCUUAUCCCGAAGGGCCCAUCUUAAUGCACGAACCCAGUGUCCAUCUUUACUUGGAGCCAAAGGCGGAAGAGGCCAUGAAAUUUGAUGUCAUCAUCAACGUGGCGAGAGAAGUCAAGAACCCUUUCAAGGCUGCGGAAACGAGUCUAGCGCCACAGACCGAGGAGGUCUCACGGACUAGUUCGAUCUCUAGCGACUGCCCUCCAGAUACAGCAAUUUCCUCGUUUUCAUUCCAGACAGCUUUUGAAUUUCAGCCAUCGCACUCUGCUGAAUCUACGCCGACCACACCAACUCCCAAUGAUGACAAGUCUCUGCCAGAGUAUAUCCACGUACCCUGGGAUCACAACACAGAUGUCAAGGACGAACUCUGGGACUUGUGUGAGCUCAUUGAUAAGCGGACCAAGGAGGGUAAGAAGGUACUCGUUCACUGCCAGCAAGGUGCCAGCCGAUCUGCAACUUUGAUCAUCGCGUAUCACAUGUACAAGAACCAAGAGCUGAGCUCAACCGAAGCAUACUCUCAAGCGCAGUCGAAAUCACGCUGGGUAAACCCUAACAUGUCGCUACUGUUCUCCCUAUCCGACUUCAAGAAAGUGAUCGAGGCGAAGAAGGCGGGAAAUAAUAGCACGGUCCGGAAACCCACAGUGAAACAUAGACCUACGUUGUCUGCUUACGGUGCUGGGGUUUCUUCGACUCUUCAAGUGCCCUCAAUCCCAUGCCGCGCCCGAGGAAAUUCCACGCCCAACGUCUCGCUCGACACUACGUUGACUGAGCCAGAGCAAACAGUGCCACAACCCGAGCCCGUGGAAACGAUGCCACAGCCAAUCAGCUUUUGCAGGCUUGGAGAAAAUGCAGUCUCGCCUGCUCCUUCUCUCUCUGCGAUCGCGAGAAUGGAAAGUUUCGAUUUUGGAUUUGGAGAUUUUGGGUUUGGGAGCAUGACUAUCGACAAUAUGCCCCCUCCGGAGAUCAAUGUUGACCCUCUGGAAAGCCUCAUGUCUCCAAGACUGGAAGCGAUGACCGAAAAUCCUAUUCAAGGCCUGACUCGCAGCUUACUUCCCGAAUCAGAAGCUUCUCCGAUCCCAGAUCUAUUCUCUCCCCGGACCAUGGAAUUCAAUGGAACGUCCUUCUUCCCGCCCAUAUCUCGAGCUCCCUUGGCUGUUGGCGAUGACCCUCGGAGUCCGCCUACAAAAGGCGAAGCCCCCAUCACACGCUCCAUCGACGACUUUCUCUAA